UGGACCCGCACCCGAGCUCGGAGACGCUGCGUGGGUCGGAGAGUCAUCGCGCUGCGUACGCGUUCAAACCGCUGUCCGACUCCAGGCGUGUCAACGCGUAGUGCAUCGUGCGUCACGCACGCGCUGCUGCUGCGAAUUUUGCGCGGGCUCAGAGUAUCUAGCUUGUUUGUGCCUGACCAGCUGACCUGCUGACCCACCAUACAGCCCGAGCUAUCCAUACAGCUCGAGUUACAUAUCUACCAGACGCUCAAUCAUGGCUGACGAUGACAUGGAGGUCGGCCCAACAUGCACCGCCGAGGAGCUGGCGGCGCAGCGCUACGAGGCAGCCAAGGCGAAAGGCGACGUCCUCGAACUCAGUAGCGAUGACGACGAGGACGAACCGCCCGCCAAGCCGCAGACGCCGCGGCGAUCCAGGCUUGACGACGUGACCUUCGGCGCCGACGGCCGCGCGCGCGACACGCACGCUCAGCGCAAGCGCCGCCAGAUAAUUAUCUCCGACGACGAGAACUCAGAAGAGGAGGAAGAGGAGGUGGUCUUCGUCACGCCGCCGCCGCGCAAGAAGCGCCGCUCGACGCCCGCGCCCGGCGUGACCGUGGCCCAGCUCAAGGACCGCUGCCGGGCUCGGGGCCUCAAGGUCGGGGGGACCAAGGCCGAGCUGCUCGCGCGGUUAUCUAAUCCUUCGGCGGAGGACCGCGCCGGCUACCGACCUUUGAAAGCCAAUGCUAGAACGCAAUACUUCGUGGACGGUCGGCGCGUGUCGAAAAGCCAGUUCGACCGGAGUCAGGGCUACGGCGGCUUCGCCGCGGCGAUGUCGCAGCAUCGGGCCGCCGAGGCCCAGCAUCGGGCCGCCGAGGCGCAGCAUCGGGCCCUGAUGGCCCAAUCGCGCCAGAUGGAACGGAUGUUUCGCAGAGGCUUCCCCUGGUGAAUUCGCUCGCUUUGUGCCCUGUCUAAUAUA